AUGAUGAAGAGGGAUUUGAAGUUGAACCAGAGAUUGAGGAGGAUGUCUCAGAAGUGGAACACAACAUCGAUUUUGAUCCAGACUUUGAGGAGACUAGCCAGUCAACAGAUUGAGAGGAAGAGGCACCUGAAGAACAGGCGCCUGAGGAGACAUUCCAGCCCAAGAGUGGAGACUUGCUUUGGUCUUCACCCCCUGGGACAAAAGAGGCCCUUAGCGUUAGCAGGUGGUUCUGUAGGAAUGGAGUUGGACUACCCAUAUGUUCAGUUCCAGAUGGCCAAUGCAUUGCUCCACCUGGAGAGCCUGGGUAUGAUCCACUGUGAUGUGAAGCCAGAGAACAUCAUGGUGGUCGACCCCCAGCCGUGGCCAUUGAAGGUGAAGCUCAUCGACUUUGGGCUCACUCACCAUAUUUCAGAGCCUCCAACAUUUCAUGGGACCCUGUGGUACAAAGCUCCAGAGGUCUUGUUAGGCUUGGCAUACACAGAGGCAAUAGACAUGUGGUCACUGGGUGUGACCAUGGCCCAGCUGGCUGUGGGAGAACCCCUGUAUCCAGGAGAUCAUCCAUACGAUGUGAUGAAGUUCAUUGUCGAAACACAGGGUCCACCCCCAGACUGCCUCCUUCGGGUGGGACCAAACACCAACCGCUAUUUUAACGGGAGGCGGAUAGACGGCCAGGACACCUGGACACUGAAGACUCCUGAACUGAUUAAAAGUCAGUAUGGGCACGAGUUCCAGAAAUCCAGAGAAGUGAUUUUAAAGUCUCUGGAUGACAUCAUGGAGAAGAUGGACAUAAGUAAGUCAAGAAAGGAGGGUUCUGACUUUGUGGACCUUGUGAAGCGCAUGAUGUGUCUCCACAUGGAUGAGCGAAUCAGACCCGCUGAUGUACUCAAUCAUCCUUUCCUGGUGGAGUACAAACCUCCUGACGUGGCAGAUGACCUUCCAGUCUUAGCUGAGGAAAAUUCAGACAUGGCUGAGGACGACAUCGCCACGAGCCAGGAAGAUGCUGAAACAGCAGCCAUCCUUUCAGAGGUGCCACCAGGGGAGAACCUGGAAGAAUGA